UGGAGCUCUAAAUAAGAGAGGCUUGUUUAAAGUCAUGAAAGAAGUGUAGGCUAGUAUAUUCAUAUUAUGUAGCUAAUUAAUUAAAAUGAGUUUGUUCUCAUACUAACAUUACAACACAUAAAACUACCCAAAUCGUAUAUAAACGCAAUUAUAAUAGGCCUAGCUGUAGCCUAAGUGACUUUUGUAAAAUUCAUUUUUAUUUUGCGCUUUAAAAUAUAUCUGUGACCACACUUCAAACAGUGGUUUUGUUUUGUUUUAACACACAGGCAAACAACGUUUUCAAACAAACUAUGAAUAAAAGUGUACUGUAUUCUUACGUCACUUGGUCGAAGGGUAUAGGCUAUUCCACGUUUAAAAUAAUUCCGAACUGAUCAUUGUGAAAUAAAUGCAAAUAAAUGAGGCCAGAAACGUAAUUUUAUUUCAGUUUCAACACAUGCACGGCGAUAACAUUGCGUUGGAGUAAGUUUAUUAGCCUACAUGCAACUAUAACAAAGAGCAUCACUUGCGAAUUAAAAUUGCAAGUAUACAUCACAGCAAAAACCCUCUUAUGUUUCUUCCUGGCAACUUAAUUUUUAAGAGCGUAGAUAUACAGCGAGAAAAGGAUGGAAAGUUACUAGAACAAAUCCACAAACAUCAGAAGCCCUGGUAAUGUAACUAAAAGGCGCGUUGGCGGUUAAGCAUGCGGAUGGCUUUCUCCAGCAAUCCAAAGUGUCAACAUAACCAACUGUGGUCCACUGCAAGCACGCGUUCAUCAAUGAAAAGCAUCGUUCACUCCUCGCCUUGAACAUUUGCACAUGUUGGCAUACAAUAUUCUAAGAGGUACAUGUCAAUUUCUGCCCUUGGUCACAUGACUGGCGCUCUCUGGAAUGGAUGGAGAUUGAUCUCCACGUCAGCUCACGUCUCAAAAUUUCUGCUCGGCGGAUCUGCUUCAAAGCCAGUGAAGCUGAAGCAGUUCUGUACUACGAUGCGAGGCAGUACUAUGGUUGUGGCUUGCCCAACCAAGUGUCAUGAUGGAUUUUGAUGAGCGGGUACCCGUUGGGUCUAACAUGUAUUUGCCCGGCUGUGCUUAUUACGUGUCUGGAACGGAAUUCUCCAGCCUUCCUGCUUUUCUGCCCCAGACCCCGUCUUCGUGCCCCAUGACCUACUCAUACUCCACGUCCAGUUUGCCACAAGUUCAGAGUGUUAGAGAGGUAUCUUUCAGGGACUAUGCCAUUGACACGUCCAGCAAGUGGCACUCCAGGGGCAAUCUGCCACACUGCUACGCGACCGAGGACAUGGUGCACAGGGACUGCCUGUCCAAUCCCGGGACUUUGGGGGACAUGUUAUCGAAAAACAACUCGGUUCUUUACCACUCCAGCAGCCACGCGAGCCACACGUCCAACGUGUAUGGCAGCGUAGGGAGGAACGGAGUGCUUCCCCAAGCCUUCGACCAGUUUUUCGAGACCGCGUACGGGAACGUGGAAAAUCAGCCGAGCGAGCAGUCGGUGGACAGAGCAACCGGUAAAGCGCCCCCGCCCGCGGAAACAGCCAGCGACAGUUGUCGGGGAACGGAGGAGACGGAGCGCUGUGAAGAGACGAGCAGCCCGGAGCCAUCUUCCGGUAACAACGAGGAGAAAUUCAGCGGCAGCAGUAAUGGACAGAAGACACGGAAAAAGAGGUGUCCUUACACCAAAUAUCAGAUCAGAGAGCUGGAGAGAGAAUUUUUCUUCAGUGUUUACAUCAACAAGGAAAAAAGGCUACAGCUCUCCAGAAUGCUCAACCUCACCGACCGUCAGGUGAAAAUAUGGUUUCAAAACAGAAGAAUGAAAGAAAAAAAACUCAACAGAGACCGCCUGCAGUAUUACACCACGAACCCUUUGCUUUAGACCGUCUGUUGCUGAGAAAUCAUUUAGGAGAGAUGGUUAAUUUCAAGUUCGUGGAAACACAUUCCGGCUCCAGAGACGAGAUGUGUGUGACCUUCAUUCCUCUCAGAGACUUUUUCAUCGACAUAGACUUCAACUUAGAUUUAUAUUCUCAGUAAUCUCUACCGUUUGAAAUUAAAACUAGUAUUAUUAUUAUUGUUGUUGUUGUACUGUUAUUGUCAUGUGUUAUUAUUAUUAUUCCAUUCUACUCAGUUAAAUUACUAUUCAGUUUACAGGGAUUUUUUUUGUUAUUAAUAUUAUCUGACCAAGAUCUGUAGCUACUUUUCGCAUUUGUCAUAACAGUAAUAAGCUAAAGGCUGUUGAAAUUUAUUUUGUUGGGAAAAGAAAAAAAAGAAGAAAAAAAAGAAGAAAAAAAGAAAAAGAAACAAUUGUGCAGGACGAAAUAUAAAAA